AUGGUCCCUUCUAGGAAGAGGAAUGCUGUCUUGGUGAAUGGUGUCAUUCUGAAUGGCCCAAUAACAGAUUCAAAAGCAGGAGAAAAAUUUGUAGAAGAUGCCUGUAAGAUCAUAAUGGAGGAGGUCAUACAGAAAGCUGCUGAUGUAACAGAGAAGGUUUGUGAAUGGCAGCCUCCAGAAAAACUGAAAAAACUUCUCGAUCUGGAAAUGAGGGAUACCGGAGAGCCCCAUCAGAGACUCUUGCAACUUUGCCAGGACAUUAUUCGAUACAGCGUCAAAACUAAUCAUCCAAGAUUUUUCAAUCAGUUGUAUGCUGGUAUUGAUUAUUACUCUUUAGUGGCUCGUUUCAUUACAGAAGCAUUAAACCCAAGUGUAUAUACGUAUGAGGUGUCCCCCGUGUUUUUGUUAGUGGAAGAAGCAGUCCUGAAGAGAAUGAUUGAAUUCAUAGGCUGGAAAGAAGGUGAUGGUAUAUUUAAUCCAGGUGGCUCUGUUUCUAAUAUGUAUGCUAUGAACUUAGCUAGGUAUAAAUAUUGUCCUGACAUAAAGGAAAAGGGGCUUUCAGGGCUGCCAAGACUGGUCCUGUUUACAUCAGAAGAGUGUCAUUACUCCAUGAACAAGGCAGCUUCUUUCCUGGGCAUUGGCACGCAGAAUGUUUACUUCAUCACAACAGAUGAAAGAGGUAAGAUGAUACCUGAGGAACUGGAGAAACAAGUCCAGCGGGCCAGGAAAGAGGGGGCAGCACCGUUUCUUGUCUGUGCCACAGCUGGUACAACUGUGUUGGGAGCAUUUGAUCCUCUGGAUAAAAUAGCUGAUAUCUGUGAAAAACAUGGUCUUUGGCUGCAUGUGGAUGCAUCUUGGGGUGGCUCAGCUUUGAUGUCAAGGAAGCAUCGUAAGCUUCUGUGUGGCAUUCACAGGGCUGAUUCUGUUGCCUGGAAUCCCCAUAAAAUGCUGAUGGCAGGAAUCCAGUGCUGUGCUCUUCUGGUGAAAGACAACUCUGACCUGCUUAAGAAAUGCUACUCUGCCAAGGCCUCCUACCUUUUCCAGCAGGACAAGUUCUAUGAUGUCAGCUACGACACAGGAGACAAGUCUAUCCAGUGUAGCCGACGACCGGAUGCAUUUAAAUUCUGGAUGACGUGGAAGGCAUUGGGAACUACAGGACUUGAGGAACGAGUAAACAGAGCCCUUGCCUUAGCUAGAUACCUAGUAGAUGAAAUUAAGAAAAGAGAAGGAUUCCAGCUUCUGUUGGAGCCAGAGUAUGCGAACAUUUGCUUUUGGUACAUUCCAUCAAGCUUAAGAAAAAUGGAGGAAGGACCUGAGUUCUGGGAAAAGCUCCAUCAGGUUGCUCCUGUAAUUAAAGAGAGAAUGAUGAAGAAAGGCAGCAUGAUGUUAGGGUACCAACCCCAUCGUGGCAAAGUCAACUUCUUUCGCCAGGUAGUGAUCAGUCCCCAGGUGAGCCGUGAGGACAUGGACUUCCUGCUGGACGAGAUUGACUUGCUUGGCAGAGACUUGUAG